UCUCUCGAACUCAUCUGGAUCUUCGAUUCACUAUUUUAACGCUUUUCAACGAUCUGGAUCCGCAUCAUAAAGAAAAAAGACUGAAAGGGAAAAUGUCCAGCUCUGCCUUCGAUAAAAUGGAGAAAUACUUCAUCCAACGGCUCAAAAUGCCCCUUCAUAUCAUUGAGGUUAUCAUGAUAAUAGUGGCUAUUAUUCUGGCAGGUGUUCGUCUCACCACUAUUACUACAAGGACAAGGACAGACAUGAUGGCUAUAGCGAUGGGUGCCAAGUCGCUUGUCGUUAUUGCGUAUCAGCUCUUGUCAGAGCAUGUGGCACAAUGGAAGAGAUUUGCAAGUCUGAAAGCCAACCUGAUCCUCAACGCCCUCGAGAUUGUUUUCUGGGCCGCGGUGGCAUUCAUGGCCAUCCAAUCGAAUACUAGGUCGUGCAAGGGCGCCAGCUGCGGUCUUGGUUGGGGAGUCCUUGUUAUCGCCAUUUUGAUCAGGCUAGGAGCAGCGAGUCAUCCCACGCCCAUCUCCGCAGUGUCCAUGGACCGGCUCCUCGAAGACAUUCUUCUUCUCGAAGACACUCUUCUCAAAGACACCAUUCUCGGAGACACUCUUCUCAAAGACACACAGGCCCGUAGAAUAUAUCAGCGUGGAAGUAUACGGGUGUUUCUCAGAAUGCUCCACAGAGAGGUUAUCGAUGGUUUGGGCUUGGCAUAUGGACGAAUGGUCUUGUCGUGUCCCAAG